AACCUUGUUCUGUCCUCGAAGCAGUAUUGUUCAUCGCCAUAUGGGAUAAGGAUUUCCUCUGAUGCAUUUUUCCCUCCCCCAAAUCUCUCUGCAACCAACAAGACUGGGGUUAUGAAGUCAAUCCUAGAUGGCCUCGCAGAUACAACUUUCCGAACAAUCACAACAGAUCUUCUCUACGUGGGCUCCAACGAUAUCCAGUACGAAGACAUGAAGGGUGACAUGGCAUCCAAGCUGGGAUACUAUCCCCAGAAGUUCCCUCUCUCUUCCUUCAGGGGUGAUCCUUUCCAAGAAAAAAUGACUGCAGGAGAUGAUCCCCUGUUGAGCAUUAUUCCUUCAGAUCAGGUCAACAUUACAGAGUUUUACAACAAAUCCCUGUCCACAUUUAAGGAUAAUGAGGAGAACAUACAGUGUGGAGAGAACUUCAUGGAUAUGGAGUGCUUUAUGAUCCUGAACCCCAGCCAGCAGCUGGCCAUCGCCGUGCUGUCACUCACCUUGGGCACCUUCACGGUCCUCGAGAACCUCCUUGUCCUGUGCGUCAUCCUCCACUCCCGAAGCCUCCGGUGUAGACCCUCCUACCAUUUCAUCGGCAGCCUGGCUGUGGCUGACCUCCUGGGCAGCGUGAUUUUUGUCUACAGUUUUGUGGAUUUCCAUGUUUUCCACCGGAAGGACAGCCCCAACGUCUUCUUGUUCAAACUGGGUGGAGUUACAGCCUCCUUCACCGCCUCUGUAGGUAGCCUUUUCCUGACGGCAAUAGACCGCUACAUCUCUAUCCACAGGCCGCUAGCCUACAAAAGGAUUGUUACCCGACCAAAGGCUGUCGUAGCGUUCUGUGUGAUGUGGACCAUUGCUAUCGUCAUAGCCGUGCUCCCUCUGCUCGGCUGGAACUGCAAAAAGCUCAACUCCGUUUGUUCAGACAUAUUCCCUCUCAUCGACGAGACCUACCUGAUGUUCUGGAUCGGGGUCACCAGCGUCCUCUUACUGUUCAUUGUCUAUGCUUACAUGUACAUACUGUGGAAGGCUCACAGCCAUGCUGUGCGCAUGAUUCAGCGGGGCACGCAGAAAAGCAUCAUCAUUCAGUCCACGGAGGAUGGUAAGGUGCAGAUCACUAGGCCUGAUCAAACUCGUAUGGACAUCAGGUUAGCCAAAACCUUGGUCCUUAUCCUAGUUGUUUUAAUCAUAUGCUGGGGCCCUCUCCUCGCCAUCAUGGUGUACGAUGUCUUUGGGAAAAUGAACAAGCUCGUCAAGACUAUCUUUGCCUUCUGUAGCAUGCUCUGUUUGCUGAAUUCAACAGUGAAUCCCAUCAUCUACGCUCUGAGGAGCAAGGACUUGCGACACGCCUUCCGCAGCAUGUUCCCCACCUGCGAAGGAACGGCGCAGCCCCUGGAUAACAGCAUGGAGUCUGACUGCCAGCACAAGCACGCCAACAACGCGGGCAACGUGCACAGGGCUGCCGAGAGCUGCAUUAAGAGCACAGUUAAGAUUGCCAAAGUUACCAUGUCCGUCUCCACAGACACGACUGCUGAAGCGUUGUAA